AUGUCGCUCAUCACAUUCACGCAGAACACGCUCGUGAACGUCCGUGCUCAUCCUUGCCUGCCACCCUCGUGUUCCCGCUCCCCGCCCGUCUCUCCUUACCAAUGGGACCCACCCUUCGCACAGCAGCUCGCUAAAUUCCCUGCUCCGUUCGACGUCCACGACACCCUCCGCGAACUAGAGCUCCUCGCCUCCUCCCUCCCCGCCCCGUCCCUCCCGGGCGCGCUCCCGCGGAUCGUGGUGACUACCACCUCCUCGACCUCGCUUCCUGCACACGGCCCGGAUGAUGACGCGCCCGCGAGCACACCUUCGGACGAGGACGCAGAUGACAUGCGCUGGGUGGAGGAGUACGGCGCCUGGGGCGCGUCUGACAAGGGGAAGUGGCGCGCGACACUAAUCGACGGCGGCGGACAGGCUUCAGACGACCCCCCGCUAACAACCACCCCUCCUGCGCCAGAUCCGGCGGAGCGUUACUACAUCUACGAUCCCCUAACUGCCCCCGAGUUCCUUGCAGGCACCUCCACCUCCCUCAUUGCGCGCUUAGCCCACGGCGCGCACAGCGCCCCGCCCCCUCUGCCUCGCCCGGCUCCCAGGCCAAGAAACAUCACAGACGCAAGCGCAAGUCCGAAGCGCCCCACAGCGGUCCUCAUUCCCCCCGAGUCCGCACACGACCUCUGGCUUAUGCACGCGUCGCUGUCCAAUUCCACUGCGGGGUCGGAGCCGAAGAGCGCGCGCUCCCUCCAUGCGCUCUCGCACCUGUGCGCUUCCGAGUCCACAGAAUCUCGCAGCGGCGCUUUCAAAGCUCGAUUUGCUAGCCUCGACCAGCUGGCGUUCCCCAACCUGACGAACGAGGCGGGGAAGAGAGUUGGCGCUGGGCGGCGCACGGGGCUGCGGCACGCGGUGUUGUGGUCGCUGAUACAGCCUGUUGUUGGGGAUCCAGAAGCUGCCGCAGUUGGUGCUGGCGUAGAGGGACCGAGGGCGCGCCGGAAGGCUGGUGCGUCGGUGCGCCGGUGGUUCAGGCGGUUCGUUCGCUAG